GGAGGACUCUUUCUUCCUCACGCCACUCUUCCUCUUCUUCCUCGUAACCGUUAUUUUCUCCAGUCUAGCAAAAUAAAACCUGCAUUUUCUCCUCAAACCGUCUCUCUAUGUCUCCUCUACUUCUCUUAAAUGGCCUAUUUUAAUAGUAACAAUGCAUAGGCAUUGGAGCGGAAUCGCCAUUCUCAGUUCCUUAUCCAUUUCUCCUUCGUUUCUGUGUUGAGAUUUUCAGUUUAAUAUAUCUGUAUAAGGAAAUGCCACGAUGACAGAACCUCAGUCACAAUCUCGUGGUUUCUGGCUCUAGAUUGCGACACAUUCUUACUCGUAUAUACGUACGGUGGGUUUCAGGGUUUAGAGGAUGGAGAGGAAGCAGGGGUUCUUUUCAGCGUUGAAGGAAGAGGUGGUUCGAGGAUUUUCUCCGGCGAGGAAGUCAUGGGAUAAUGGUUCGGUCAGACGUGGGGCCCCCUUCUCGGGUCUGCUUUGUAGGAAGAAGAGUGGGAGCUGCAGCAGUCGGUUUUCCGCCAAUAAUGAGCCGUCGAUUUCCAGAUCGGGGAGUAUGAGGCAGCUCGGGGAGAUGCUGGCGCCGUUGAUGGAGGGUCCGGAUACAAACGACGACGUUGAGGGGGAACCGAAGCGGGUUGGGUCAAGCAUUUGCCAGUGGAUGAAGGGGAAGCUCACUCGGACCCCUUCUGUCGCCAUGAACGGGUACGGUCGGAGCUCUGAUCUAAGAUUGCUGCUCGGAGCUAUGGGGGCUCCACUCGCCCCGGUGCACGUUAGCACAACCGAUCCUCUCCCUCACCUCAGCAUAAAGGACAUUCCAAUUGAAACAUCUUCUGCACAGUACAUACUGCAGCAAUACAUUGCAGCUUGUGGAGGGCAGAAGCUCCAGAACUCAAUAAAGAAUGCGUAUGCCAUGGGAAAGCUUAAGAUGUUGUCUUGUGAAAUAGAGACUCCCGCAAAAGUAGUGAAGAAUAGGAAUGGGGUCAGAGCUACUGAGUCAGGCGGGUUUGUGAUGUGGCAAAUGAACCCUGACAUGUGGUACAUGGAACUUGCCAUUGGAGGUAGCAAGGUCCAUGCUGGCUGUAAUGGGCAGAUUGUGUGGAAACACUCUCCCUGGCGUGGUGCUCACCCUGCAAAAGGCCCAGUCCGUCCACUCCGACGAGCCCUUCAGGGUCUGGAUCCGAAAACAACGGCUAGUAUGUUCGCCAGUGCCAGAUGCAUUGGGGAGAAGAGAAUCAACGGUGAGGAUUGCUUCAUCCUCAAGAUUUCUGCUGAUCCUCAGACACUGAAGGCAAGGAGUGACGGGCCUGCAGAGAUCAUAAGGCACGUCCUUUUCGGUUACUUCAGCCAAAAAUCCGGUCUCCUUGUCCACAUGGAGGAUUCACAUCUCACUCGAGUUCAAUCUACCGGUGAGGAUGCAGUUUUUUGGGAAACAACCAUAAACUCCUCUAUAGAAGAUUACCAUCUGGUUGAAGGAAUCAUGAUUGCACAUUCUGGGCGGUCUGUGGUGACACUUUACUGUUUUGGUGAUGUGGCGAUAAGUCAUACCAAGACCAGCAUGGAAGAAUCUUGGAAGAUAGAAGAGGUCGCCUUCAACGUUCCGGGCUUGUCUCCAGACUGUUUCAUCCCGCCUGCGGAUUUGAGGCCAGAAGAGUCUUUAAGCGAGUUAUCUCGCAGUACAAGUGUUAGGAGUUACUUUGCAAAGGGUGCAGCAGGAGAAUGUGAACAUGUAUAGGCUGAUAGUUUAUAUUUAGGCAGGUAAAAAUUGGACAAACCAGCAUUAAGCCACUGCAACUAGGAGCAUAUAUAUAUAUAUAUAUAUACAUAUAGAGUAUGAUACAAGUUCUAAGACAUUAUGUGUGAAUAGAGCGAGUUAAGUUAUUAUUUACAGGCUCUUUGUUUUUAAUUUAUACCUCUCACAAACAGAUUCAUAGAAAAGGAAAUGUGAAGGUUGAUUUUAAAAUUCACUAUGGCUUGCCAUUUGCUUGGCUCAGUUGGCUGUUAUUUGCUGAGAAUUAUUCUCCGCUUGAGGUCACUCUUCAUGUAUAAUCAUAUUAUUUGACCCAUAUUGGUACUUCGCAUAUGAAUUGUUA